AUGGCGGCGGAAGCCAUCCAGCAGGUGGCCAUCCACGCGGCCUGGCACGCCGCCAACGAGCGCUCCUUCCUCUGGGAGUCCGCGGCCCGGGACCGACGGUUGGCCGAGGAGGCCGCGCAGCGCCUGGCGCAGGUGAUGCCUUCCACAGCGCACGCGGUCAAGGAGAUGGCCUUCAACGCGGCCUGGCACACGGCCAACCAGCGGCGCCUCUUCUUCCGGGACUCGGCCAGGGACCUGCGGGGCCUGGAGUUCUACUCGGAGUUGGUGGCGUCGCUGACGAGCCCUGAGCUGGCGCAGGCGAUCAAGGAGCUCGCCCUCUGCGCGGCCUGGCACGCGGCGAACACCCGGAGCCUGCUGUGGAAGGACGCGGCGCGGGACGCCGAGGCCUUCGACCGCAAGCGGACGGAGCUGGCGGCGCUGCUGGAGCCGGAGGGCUCCGAGGGCUUCCGGACGCCCUGCGGGUCCGAGGACGAGGCGGAGGAGGCUGGGCGAGGAGACAACAGGCAGCCGGAGACGGGGAAUGCUGCAAGGGACGUCCGCAAGGAGCAAAUGGUGCAGGCUGUCAGCCAGGGCCCGGGCCAAGCCGUGGGCCCGGGUCCCUCGGUGCGGCGCUCCAUCCUGGACGAGGCCACGGGCGCCUGGCAGGCUGCGAGCGCCAAAGCCUGCGCCGCCAGCUUCCUGUGGGCGGCCAGCUGCACCAUCGCCGUUUUCGACGUCUUCGGGAAGCUGCUGCAAGGCUUCCAGGCGGACAUGCGGAAGAACAUCCGCAUGAUCCAUCAGCACGUGACCACCAGCGCCACUUUGGAGCAGAUGGUGGACGCCGAGGCAGCAGCCGCGGGGUCCUACAAGGCGGCCUGCGUGGAGGGAAGCAGCGCCAUGGGAUUUCUAUGGCUGACGCGUUCCCUUCGGCUGCUGGAACGGACCUUGGCUUUGCUGGUGGAGGGUCCCCAACCGCUGGCACGCUGCGUGCAGCAGGCCUACGAGUCCACACUGCGGCCACACCACAACUUCUUCACACGCAACCUGAUCAGCACCGGCCUCGUGGCGGCCCCGUCUCGGGAGGCCUUCCUGGCAUCGCUCUCCUCGGACGGCGAGGACUGCUUGGAAAAGAUCCGGCUCUUCCUGCAGUACAACUCCCCGAUAAUGAAGGCCGCCCACGCCUACCUGUGCAAGUCUGGCACCGAGGCCAAGGGCGAGUUCCACUUCUCCGGGCCCCACCGAUACUUCUCUGAGGUCGCCCUCUAUGUGGAGGCCGUGAUGCAUGAUUGCAGGCUCUCCGCCAGGUCCUUCUGCGAGGUGUUUGUGCUGGACAGCGACCGGAUGGUGCAUGUGCUGGCCAACUCGCCGGUGUGCGCCGCGAUGUUCAUCGAGUACGCCAAUGAGUUCGUGGCCAAGUACAGCAUCAGCGCACCAAACUGCCAUCCAGAAGCGCUUCUUCAACAGCACAUCAAGCUGGCGUCGCAGGUGUGUCAGAACAACUCCUACUACCGAGAGCUCUACGUGGACGAGAGCAAGCUCAUCGAGAACCUGAACUUGGCUGGCCUGCGGAGCCAGGUUCUGCUGGAGUGCGCCGUGGGACACCAUAGAAGCCUCAGCUCCUACGGCAGCAACUCAUCGCCGCAGGAGGUGCUCGUGAACGGGCACGCCAGCAUGAUGAAGGCCAUGCACAAGGUUGUGCAAAAGAAGUCGCUGGAGUCGAAGGAGAUGGCAGUGGAGAAGGUGGGCGAGGUCCACAUCAGCCCCAAGGAGUUUGUGGACGAGAUGCUGAGUCCCGAAGUGAGUAUGGGCAUGUUGGUGGACAAGCUUCGCGACGCCUUUGUGGAGUUGGACCAAGCGGAGGGUCUCCAUGCAAGGUACUCAGAUGAGAAGGAGCAGGAGCGGGCCGAGUGCGGCAUCCUGAGCCUGAUUUGCCUGGCACGCAACGACUACGAGGCCUUUACCAAGCCGCAGCCGGAGAAGGCGCGGCUGGCGAAGGCGCAGUGGGAGCAGCUGCGGCAGCUGUUGGCCUGGACCUGCCCGGACAACGAGAAACUGCUGGCAGCCAUAUUCCUGCUGGCCGUGCGUGGCAUUGGCAAGUGCAGGCCGUUGCAACAGCAGCUGCCGUCGCAGUUCCAGCGACCGGACCAGGCGGUACGCUACAUCAUUGACAACUACCCCGACGCGGUGCCGUCCUCCUACAGCAUGACAGAUCGCUCGCAGCAGUUGGUGGCGGACCUAUUGGAGCUGCAGCAGAACUUCAUCUUCGCUCAGAUGCUCCAGGGUGAGAACGUGCCUGCAAACCUGCUGCAGCUGAAGGACUUCAUGAACGAACGCAGCGGAAUGGAGACGCUGAAAUUCUAUGUCCUCUAUCUGCUGGGCUUCCUCAGCGGCCUGGCGGGCGGCGUUGGCUCCCGCUUCAUGACCUCCAGCAACGCCAAGUCGACGCUGCUGGGACUUAGCACCUUGCAGCACGUGCUCGAGAAGGACCCCACGGCUUUGUAUUGGACCUACAUCUUCAACCGCGGGGUGGAGCUCCAGAAGCGGCCUGUGAGCACCACGGACCUGGCGCUGCUGCGGAUGGCCUGCCUGGUGCGCGCGCAGAACGCUGAGAGCGUGGACCGUCUCUCGGGCUUCAUGCAGCAGAUCUCGGUGGCGGAGCGUGAGGAGCUGGUGAAGAAUUUUCUGGCGGAUGGCAUCCACAGCCGUGCCUUCGUGUUCGAGUUCUUGCCGCUGUGCUUCGAGCGAGCCAUGAAGAACGCAUUCGUGACGGUCCCGCGGCUUCUGGAGGUCUUGGUCGAGCUGCUGCGCGCGGUGCGAGCACUGGCGGGCCCCAGCUUCAAAGGCCAGACGGUGCCAGUGGACCUGUCGGACUUGGCAGCCUUUAUCCUCAUGGUGCAGAACA